CAAGAGCACAGAGCACGGGUCAGUUUGGGUGCGGAAUUGGCUUCCACUUCCACUUCCAGGUUCUCUUCACUAAAAAAAACAUCACCAGACUGGACUUAUCACACCCCCCAGCCAGUCGCCCACCAUGGUCAAAAACGUCAAACAAACGAAAAAGUUCGAAAAGAAGCACCUGAAGGGUGUUCUAGAACGCAGAAAGGUCGUCCAGAAGAUCAAGCAAAAAGAACAGAUCAAGCAGAAGAAGCAGGCAAAAAAGUCCCAAGAUGACGCCUUCAUCAAGGGCCCCGAUGGCGGCAAGAAGCCUGUCCACGUCAAGAAGAACCUCGGUACUGCCGCCGCCGGCGAAAUGACCGUCGACGACUUCUUCCAGGGCGGCUUCGAGAUUCUCGACAAGAAGACCAAGGAUGCCUCCGGCAAGCUGGGCAAGAGGAAACGCGACGAGGAAGAGUCCGACGCCGAGGAGGAGCAAUCAGCAGACGAGGGCAGCGAUGUCGACUUCUCCGACGACGAUAUUUCCCACGAUGAGGUUAGCGACGACGAAGAGGAUGACGAGGUCGUAGACGACACCGCCCCUACAGGUAUGACCAAGGAGGCCAUGGCCUCUCUCGCCGAGAAGGAUCCCGCAUUCUACAAGUUCUUGAAGGAGAACGACCCAGAGGCCCUCGAGUUCGACGAAAACGCAGAAUUUUCCGAGAUUGACGAGCUCAGCGGGAGCGAAGGCGAGGGCGAGGAGCCCAAGAAGAAGAAGCAAAAGAAGGACACCAAGGCUGCCGACGACGAGAACGGCUCCGAACUCACCCAGAAGAUGAUUGCCAAGUGGAAGGCGCAGAUCGAGGAAACAAAGUCACUUAGAGCCGCUCGCCAGGCAGUAAUAGCCUUCCGUUGCGCCGCCCAUCUGAACGAGGACGACGACGAGAAGCCCCAACGAUACACCAUCAACAACCCCGAUGCCUUCAACGACAUUUUGGUUCUCGCCCUUAAGCAUAUUCCCGAGGUUCUCGCACACCACGUUCCCGUCAAGGAGUCUGCCUCCGGCAGGGCCUAUGUCAACACCGAUACCAAAAAGUUCAAGAUUCUGUCGCAGCUCGUCAAGAACUACGCCGCCUCCAUCAUCCACCUCCUCGGCACCCUUUCCGACGAGCCCACCCUCAAACUCACAAUCUCCGCUCUCGAGCCCCUUCUCCCCUACCUCCUCUCCUUCAGGAAGCUUCUCAAGGUCUUGAUCAAGACGGUCGUCGCCUUCUGGUCGCAGUCCGCCAGCACCGAAGCCACCAGGAUAACAGCCUUCCUGGUUGUCCGGCGCCUGAUGGUGAUCUCAGACAAGGGUGUGCGCGAGACGGUCCUCAAGGCCGUCUACCAGGGUCUCGUGCAGGGCUGCCGCCUCACCAAUGUCAACACGGUAGCGGGCAUCAACAUCAUGAAGAACUCGGCGGCCGAGCUCUGGGGUCUGGACCAGACCCUCGGCUACACCACCGCCUUCGGCUUCAUCCGCCAGCUGGCCAUCCACCUGCGCAACUCCAUCGUCAACAACAAGAACAACGCCUUCCGCAACGUCUACAACUGGCAGUACGUGCACUCGCUCGACUUCUGGUCGUGCGUCCUCGCCGAGCACUGCUCGCCGCUCAAGGAGGCCGAAGCCGGCAAGGAGUCGCAGCUCAAGCUCCUUAUCUACCCCUUGGUACAAGUCACCCUCGGCGCCAUGCGCCUCAUCCCCACGGCCCUCUACUUCCCCCUGCGCUUCCAGCUCCUCCGCUCGCUCCUCCGCCUCUCCCGCGCCACCGACACCUACAUCCCGCUGGCCUCCAUCCUCCUCGAAGUCCUCAACUCGGCCGAGAUGAAGAAACCCCCCAAGUCGUCCACUCUCAAACCGCUCGACUUCGCCACCGCCUACAAGGCGCCCAAAUCCUACCUGCGCACGCGCGUCUACCAGGACGGCCUGGGCGAGCAAGUCAUCGAGCUUCUGGCCGAGUACUUCGUCCUCUGGUCGCGCAACAUCGCCUUCCCCGAAUUCUCCCUGCCCGUCGUCGUGGCGCUCAAGCGCUGGCUCAAGGACUCGCGCAAGAAGAGCAGCGGCAACAACAACGGCAAGAUCGGCACGCAGCUGGCCCUCUUGGUGCAGAAGAUCGAGUCCAACGCCAAGUUCAUCGAGGACAAGCGCAACCGCGUCGAGUUCGCGCCCAACAAUCGCACCCAGGUCGAGGCGUUUUUGAGGGAUUUCGAGUGGGAGAAGACGCCGCUGGGCGCGUUCGUGGUGGGACAGCGGAAGUUGAGGGCGGAGAAGAGGAAGAUGAUGGAGGAGGCGAGGAAGGAGGAUGAGAAGAAGAGGAGGGAGGAGGAGGAGGAGGAGAGGUUGGGGAAGCAGGCUGAGGAUGAGGAGGAUAGCGAGGAGGAGGAAGAUCAUGAUGAUCUUGCUGAGGAUGAUGAUGAUGAGGAGGAGGAGGAGGAGGAGGAGGAGGAGGAUGACGAGUGA